AGACCGUAGAUUUUUUACUGUGGCUCGAUUGGAAUUCGCAGAUCAAGUUAGACAUUUGGGCUACUUUUCAUCGUUUCUAGUACACUUGACUUAAUAAGGAUUAACAAAAAUAGGUCAUGAAAGAAUUUUUAUCAAUGAAAUAUUGAAAAAUCAAUGAAAUUAGUGCAAAAAUAAACCAAAAAAAAUGAAAUAAGUCCAUCAAAUUUAAUCAAUUAAUCAAAAAAAAAGUCUAUUAUUAUGUCGUUAUCACGUACCAUUGAUUCCACUACCUAGUCAAGUAGAGUGUGUCAGAUAAGAGAACUUGUCACGAAUAUGAUGCAAAUAUUUCUAUGAUAACGACGAUAAUAAAAAAUUGAAUGAGUGACAAAAACAAUAACAGAGAGAUCGAAAGAGAGUGAUUUAUCGUUGUUAGUUCUGAGUAAACAAAUAAACGGUAGCAAAAAUAGUGAAUUAAUAUGGAUUACACUGAAGACUAUGCCGUGGAAUUUGACACAUGCGAUACCACGUCACUCAAGUCGAAUCCGCAUUUUAACCUCGGAAAAUGGGAAAUUUCCUUUCUCAAGAAGGAGUGUCAGAAUCUUGGCUUGGAGAAUAUUUAUCAAACGUACAUUCAGCGCGUGCAAAGGAGUUUUUUGUCCAUUUUCUUUGUGCUGCAAACAAUUAUUAAUCUCAUUCAUGUGAUUAUUAUUUCGACGAAUUCGAGACACAGCUCGGAUUUAUUUCCAGACAUAAUUUGUUACACAGUCCCGUUACUCGUCGUUUGGAUCUCCUUAUUCGCCACCUUCAAAGAGGAUUUUGUCAAAAAAUACCCUUACGUUCCUUUCGUGGCAUCAUGUAUCGCUUUAUUCUCUCUCAUUAUCGCUGACUUGACGAUCCCGAUCUACCAUGCGAUGCACACCUUCGUGAAUCCCCCACUGCGAGUAGCUUACGCCUCACACUUACUCUUCGUCAUUUACAUGUUUUUACCUUUAAAAGACAACUGGUUAACUGUAAUUUUGGGCACUGCAGCUACUGGCAGCUACAUCAUCGUCUUCAUUUACGUCACGUACGACAUUUCCGAGCAAACGACGCCACUGACAAAAGUCAUCACCGAAAGUAUUUUCCUUGUCGCCGUCAACUUUUUCGGAAUUUAUCACAGAUUGAUGAACGAAAUUGCGAUUCGAAGCACUUUUCUUGAUCGUCGGGAAUGUGUGGUUGGAAAUUUGUUGCUGAAAUUCGCGAGAAAUCAAGAAAAUGACUUGUUGCUGAGUAUUUUACCGGACCACACGGCACAAGCGCUGGAAAAAGAUAUUGCCGAGUUGUUGCUGAAAAUAAGAGCGGAAAAGCAGAAAAAUCGGAUUCCGCAACAGGUUCAUAUUGGGAAGCAGUGGCGAGGACAUGCAAUUAACAAAUUAUACGUCGAAGAACACAAAGACGUCUCAAUUUUGUAUGCGGAUGUCGUCAACUACACAAUGAUGACCACGCAACUUCCUGUUCGAACCUUAGUUGAAACCCUUCACGAGCUUUUUGUCAAAUUCGAUGACGCCUCAAAGGAAUUCAACGUUUUACGCAUAAAAUUCUUGGGCGAUUGCUAUUAUUGCGUCGCUGGCGUUCCCGUGCGAAACAAAAGACACGCCAAAAGUUGCGUUGAUCUCGGAUUGCGAAUGAUUCGUGACAUCAGAGACGUGCGAUUGUCGCGAAAUUUGGAUAUUGACAUGAGAAUCGGAGUGCAUUCGGGCAGCAUCAUAUCGGGAGUUAUUGGUUCGUGCAAGUGGCAGUACGAUAUUUGGUCUCGUGAUGUGAAUAUUGCGAAUAAAAUGGAGUCGACGGGAUGUCCGGGAAAAGUUCAUGUCACUGCGCAGACAUUGGAGUUGCUGGAAGGCGAGUACAUGUACGAAGAUGGCACGGAGGCAGCGAAAAAGGAUCCCACGUUGAAGCAAUAUAACAUUCAGACGUAUUUGAUUGGACCGCAUUAUUACAUGGAUAAUAUUUUCUAUUCUCAAGACGAUACCAGUGGACUGCGACUAAGUUCGGGUGUGAAACGUAAGGUUGGGUCCCGUAACAUGGAUGGAAGUCGCUCUAAUUUCAUGAAAAGCAGCAUGGAACGCUAUCGGGACAUCAUGAAGCAAGCAGAUAUUGAAAUGGCGCGCGAACUCGAUCGCAUGCCAAUCGGAAAAUUCAAUUUGAACAAAGUUUUCACCACAAAAUCUCGUGAGCCGCGCAGAACUCCCGAAGAUGAAGAUCGUGACUCAAUUUCAACCCUUUGUUUGUGUUUGUCGCCCAAAUCCCGUGAAAUAAGCUUUCUAUCAGAGCCGGAUAACGUCUUGAAAUACAGUACCUUGAUGGUAUUUUUCGUUUUUGUGGUCAUUUUUAUCAUUCAGAACAUGAAUAAGCCUUUCAGCACAAUUUAUUGGACAAUAAUCUCCGUUUCCGGCAUAAUUCUUGCAUCAAUUCUGCCAAUUACGUGGUUUAAUCGCUUGUGGGACAUCACAAACCCCGAUGUUGACGUUUCCAUGCCCAAAAAUCCCUUUGCCAAUCGUUUGUACAGGUUUUCAGAUAAGCUAACAAGGAAUGCUUUGGCUCGUCAUUGCAUUUAUUUGGUCUCAGUACUGAUUUUGGUGAUCGUUUCCUUCAUCCAUCUCGUGGAUUGUAGCUCAGAUAAGGUCGUGUAUCCGACAGUGGAGCCAAUUCCAACCGUUUAUACCGGAUUUAUAUCUCGAGCUGGUAUUAUUGGGGAUAUUAGUACUAAAUGGUGUCUUAAUCCGUGGUCUGUUACAGAAUGUCUUAUUUUGACCAUCGGAGUGACUUUUAUGUUCCAAAAGAUACAUUUUAUACUGAAAUUGACGAUUGCUCUCAUGAUUUUGUCGUUUUAUUCGUGGAUUGUGUUUGGAGCGCUGCAUACAAUGUUUAGUAAUAGUGCGUCGGUUAAUCCAACUCUCAGUCCAAAUGUGGCUCAUUUUCUUGCAAUUCUCUUCACAACUGUCAUUUUUCACUUAAUUGAUCGUAAUUCCGAGUAUAUUGCGAAAGUUGAUUACAAUUGGAAGCAGCAACUUCUGAGGAAGCAACAAGAAGCUGAAUUGACCAAGGAAACAAACAAAAUUUUGGUUCACAAUAUUUUGCCAGCUCAUGUUGCCGAAAUUUACAUCAACCAACAAUCCCUGGCAUACGAAUUUUACAACGAAGAAUACGAAAAUGUCGCCGUUCUCUUUGCCACCAUCACAAAUUUCGACGUAACGAGUGACGUGCAAAACGAAAAAGGCAUUUUGAACGUUCUCAACGAGAUAAUUUGCGAUUUUGACGAUGUCCUGCUCUCGUAUCGCGGUCCCCAAAAGAUUGAAAAGAUCAAAGUUGCUGGCUGGACUUAUAUGGCGGCAUGCGGUUUGGAUCCCGGGCGUGGCGAUGCUUCUGUGGCAUAUCCUCACUCCUUAAUUGGACACAAUUCGUCACUCGGCAGGUCUUCUCACUUAAGUUCGACUGGUCGUCGCAGCUUUAAACCGAUUUUUCCGGCGCCGAAACAAAACCAACGAAAAUCUCAGAACGUCGUGAUGGUUUUAACGGAAUUUGCGUUGGAUUUAAUGCGAAAUUUCCAGAAAUUUAACGUGGAAAAUUUCAAAGAUACGUCCCCAGGAUUGCUUCGGAUCGGCAUUUCGCAUGGAAAAGUGAUGGCAGGCGUGGUUGGAAGCAGUAAACCGUUGUACGAUAUCUGGGGCAAUAGUGUCAACAUGGCGUCGCGAAUGGAUUCGACGGGAGUUCCGGGCAAAAUUCAAGUCACGAAGGAAACGGCGAACGUUUUGCAGCAAUAUGGCGUGCAAUGUGACUACCGAGGCGACAUAUUCGUCAAAGGUCGCGGGGAGAUUCCAACCUUUUUCGUGCGAAUUGACGAAGAAUUGAACUUUGUUCGACGAAAUCCGAACUCGUUCCGGCCCGCCUUCGAAACGAAACUCUAACAUUUGACGUGAUUACGAAAAAUUUUAUUAUUUAUUGUUUGUCUUUCGUAAAAAAUAAAUGAAAAAAAUUGUAUUAUUUGCUCACGGAAUAAUUACACAAACAAAACAACUGCCUCGAGAACGGAGAAUUUCCUUAUCUGCUUUAAUAUUUAUAUCAAAUUCCUACACAACAUGACAAAUAUUUGGGUAAGAUGAUGAUACAAACGCACGCAAGACGUUAACUCUCUCACUUGUCAACUUGCCCGUUGCCUCGUAAGUACUUGAAAACAAAAAAAUAUAAUGAAUGGUAGAGUAGACGAGGAGAAGUCGCAUUUUUUUCGCGAAACGAGACACUUUGAUGGAUAUACAAUAAAAAAAACUUCGUAUGUUUAAAAAUAACAACAAAAACAACAACAUUUUUGGAAUU